AUCAGCCACUCGGGUCACGUACAAAAACCUGACCUCCGCUCACACACAGCUCACCUCACGUCGGCUUAUGACCGCCAGGGAUUCUUAACAUUGUUUUAUAUCAGGUGUUUGAACACAAUUUCUUUAUUGUCAACGUGGUUUUUAUAAAACAUAAGGAAAGACAAUUUAACAAAGUGCAACGGGAAAGAAGUUGACAAAAUGAAUUUUUACUUUCUGGCUUUUUGUGCCAGUGUCGUUUGGAUUUUUUCAUACCAUGUCGAGGCCCAGACAUCAACGGAAUUUGUCUACGACUGCCGAAGACCAGGCAGCAACUGUGGCGAUGGCAACACGUGCAACUUGUCGUCUGGAAACUGCAUCUGUCCAAACACCACUGCUGUGAAUUACGAAUGUAAAGAUUUAACAGGAUCUGGGAACUGUACACAGACCUGUAUCAACGGGGGAUGCGUCUCUUCUGCGUGUGUCUGCAAGCAAGGAUAUUACGGCCAGACCUGUGAAAUGCCUAGAGUCCAAGUUUUCUGCAAUGCUGAGGAGAUGUUCAUCAACAUCAACCCACACCCAGGAUUCUCUGGUCUCAUCACCGUGUUUAACAAAACUGAUUGUCAAUUGCAGAAUAAUACAGGAAGUAUCUCUUUAUCAUACGUGUCGGAAACUGUGAGUCCUAAACUUCAAGGACUUAGCCUUGUCAUCAAAAUGACAGAUGAAAAAUGUGGAUAUGCUGACAAAAUAGAUGGUGGUUUUUCUCGCAAGUUCUUCAUUCAAUACAACUCAUACUUCAAGUCAUCGGUGGAUCAAAUCAUUACAGCCGAGUGUAGACUCCAGAAUGGCAGCACAACAGUCUACAGUGGUACUAACAUCAUCAGUGACAUUGACAGCCCGUACAAUCAAGUCAACGUCAGCACUGAGGUAGAGAUUGUCAGCCUUGGAGUGAAGAACAACGACAAAGGAAUUGACUCCAACACCCCUAUUAAAAUUGGUGAAUCCAUUGAUCUAGUUUUUGCCUUGAAAACAGGUGUUGGUUAUACAGACAUCCGUGUGGACAACUGUAAAGCGAACAACCAUUGGGAUAAAGCAGAUAACUAUAAGGAAACUGAGAUUUUAAAAGACGGGUGUCCUGCACCAGCUGCUGUUGGGCUGUUCACUGGAAUAAACAUUAACAUGUCCUCACCAAUGACAGUCACCAUCAGCAUGAAAGCCUUCAUGUUUAUUGGUCCUUCAAAGCAAGUCAAUUUUGUUUGCAACUUGACUUUGUGUAAUUCCAAUUCCAAUUGUCAACAUAACAACUGCUCAGGCUUUUCAAACUUCUACAACCUCUACAUCCCACCUACAACACCUGCACCACCAACAACUACAGUCAGCCCGGUCGUGUAUCAAAACACAACCACCUUGAACAAUACGUCCACUAUCGCACCAGUCAACAGCACAGCGGAGUUGAACACAACAACAGAGUCAAACACCACAACACAAGCUUCAGGAAGGAGAAGGCGUGCUGCUAGUGAUGGGGAACAGAAAACUGCAAAGGCUACAAUAUCAGUGUAUGACCCAUCAACCACAUCAGUUCCAACUUCUGAAGCUCCCGACUCCAACAUCUCAUCUGAGUGUAUGCAAGAUCCAAACAUCCUAACUGUGGUCAUCAUCCUUUCUGUCAUGGUAGUGCUGCUCCUGGUUGCCUGUUCCAUCUUUGUCUGGCUGUGGAUGAGGUCCGUGCCGAAGACGUACCCAGCAGACAACACAAGGUAUGCUGCCAACCUGGAGACUGUCAGGAUCCCUCGGCUGGGAGUCAGUCAAGCAGCAGACAACCAUGGCUGUUGAUCUUGUUCAUUAAUAUUGGAAAAAAAAACCACUAAUUUUUUCAACUAAUUUCAAUUUUUUUUUAGGCAUAAUUAGAUUAUUUUAUUAAAUUGUAGGGGAGAGAAUUUCACAUUGGCCUUGUAUUAUAUUGUACAAUCCAACACCCUCCUUUCCCUGCACCACCCUUUCCCCCACACACAAGUGUUUAAAUUUAUGGCUUAGCUAAACAUUUCAGCAAAGGUGGCAAACACAAUUUUGCUACUUCCUGUUUUUAUGUAGGCCUACAUGAAAAUGAUAUAUACAUAUACAUGCAUAUAUACACACACAUAUAUAUAUCAUAAAUAUCAUAUAUAUAUGUAUGGCAUAUAUAUAUAUAUGUAUGGCAUAUAUAUAUGGCAUAUAUAUAUGUAGCAUUUAUGUAUGUAUAUAUAGGAUUAUACGUAUACACAAUAUACAAACAUGUAUAUACAUAUAUAUAUACCUACAUACAUGU